AUUUCUUCUCAUCUAAUAACUCCUGGCACAACAAUCCUACAUUUCCCAUGUUACCCCGCGCUCACACGGAAGUACGUCAUCACCCGUGACCUUGGCCCUCUUCUUCACUUGGUUUCCUAACAGGCGGAGAGGACGAACAUGGCGAAUAAAGAUCCCGGUGGUUUUCUGCAGCAGCUGCGGCAGAUAGCAGGCAGGAUGUCGUCAGGACCGCGGGGCACAGGAAUCGGAGUCAAACUGCUGAUCGGUGCCGGAGCUCUGGCUUAUGGAGUCAAGGAAGCCACAUACACAGUUGAAGGAGGUCAGAGAGCGAUCGUCUUCAACAGGAUCGGGGGGAUGCAGAUGGACACGGUGCUCGCCGAGGGACUCCACUUCAGGAUUCCCUGGUUCCAGUAUCCCAUCAUCUACGACAUCAGAGCCAGACCCAGGAAGAUCUCCUCCCUCACUGGAAGCAAAGACCUUCAGAUGGUGAACGUCACGCUCAGAGUUCUGUCCCGGCCGCUGGCGUCCAACCUGCCCUUCCUCUACCAGCACCUGGGACAAGACUACGACGAGCGCGUCCUGCCCUCCAUCGUCAACGAGGUGCUGAAGAGCGUGGUGGCCAAGUUCAACGCCUCGCAGCUCAUCACACAGAGAGCGCAGGUGUCUCUGCUGAUCCGCAGGGAGCUGUUUGAGCGGGCCAAAGACUUUAACAUCAUCCUGGAUGACGUGGCCAUCACUGAGCUCAGCUUCAGCAGAGAGUACACGGCCGCUGUGGAGGCCAAACAAGUCGCCCAGCAGGAGGCGCAGAGAGCCCAGUUUUAUGUAGAGAAGGCCAAACAGGACCAAAGACAGAAGAUCAUCCAGGCUGAGGGAGAAGCUCAGGCUGCGAAGAUGCUGGGCGAGGCUGUGACCAAGAACCCAGGCUACCUGAAACUCAGGAAGAUCCGGGCGGCGCAGAACAUCGCCAAGACGGUGGCGCAGUCCCAAAACAAAGUGUACCUGAGCGCUGACAGCCUGGUGCUCAACCUGCAGGACAGCGACAACUUCAAUUUGUUGUUGUCAAAGUAAGACGUCUCCUCCUGGUCGCUCUGUCGUCAUUCCUCCGGUCCCACUCCUUCAGAGAGAUCAUCCCUCCGCUCUGCGUCUCUCACCUCUCGGCCGUCGUUGACGUCAUCAGGUUUUCAGUCUGAUCCAGGUUUAUCGGUGAGGCUGACUCGAGCUGCUUGAAAUGUAGGAGCAGCAGAUCACUGUGCUUUUAUUCUGAAAGGUUCCUGUGGUGCUGGUGAAAGGCCGACUCCUCAGUUUGGUUCUCUUCCUGUUCUCUCGUCGACUGGACGUUUACAGGCUGUUUGAUUUGUUUACACUGAGAAGUUUUAUUUCUGCACUCACAGAUUCAUUCAUGACAUGAAGAGCAGAACCUAUUUAGUGAAAGGUUUAUGACAGAAAGGACCAGGAUGAAAUAAUCAGACUUUAACCAGCACCAGAGGAAUCUUUUUAAAGGCCCAGUUCUCCAAAAUCACAAAAACUGAACCAUAACAUCACAGGUAUGUCACAGCGGAGUGUUAGAACCACCGCUGAGAGUAAAGCUGAAUAUUUACGAGGAAGAAGUCUGACGUUUUAAGAAUGAACUCCUCGUGUUCCUGCUCCUAACACAACACCAUGUCUUUAUUCUUGGGAAAGUUGGACUUGUUUCCUGGAGAUCUCAGAUGUUUCUCUCCACCAUCACUGGUCCUCACACUAAAGAACAUUAUGUACCCAUGAAGAGCAGUUAAUUAAAGACCUGCUUCAGCUGUAGCAGUCCUUUGACUCUGAUCCGAUCAGAAACCGUCUGCAUGGAUAGACGCCGUCAGUCACAAGUGAGAAAUGUUUUUGUGAUCUGGGUGAACUGACUGAAGAACAGACUGAACCUGGACUCGAUCGUGUCCGUGUGACGACGCUGCGACUUGUCAUUCUUUUUCCUCCUGAGGACGACUCGACGGACUCGCUCACAAACGAGUCACCGAGCUUUUUGACAGCGUGCCUUCUGACUCGGCAGUUUGUGGAAAAGCAGCAACAACUGAUCUGGACUUUGUCACUGCCUCUGCAGCUGCCCCAAAAAAAGAAGAAAAGAAAUGACAUUUAAUCUCCUCUGCAGAGGUGAAGAUCGACGACCGGAGACACACUCUCACUUCACACUUUCAACGUUUGUCGUCAGUUUUUUGUCAAUAAAGAAAAAAGAAAAUGG